GUUGUUAUCUUAUAUAGGUGGUGUUUUUGUCUUUCGCGGUAUGAUUUAAGUUAGUCAUCUGGCGUGUAAGUUUGAAUUUUAUUCGCGUUCUUUUAUAAAUUUUGCUGAGCAAGGGUUUUAAUUUUUAUUCGUGGCGACUUAUCAAGUGUCAAUUGGGAGUGCCAGUAUUCGUCAAACAGUGUACGUGUCUAGUACUGCGAGGGAAAAAUUUAAAAAUGUACCCCGUUGAAAGGUGUUAUGAAAAUUAUGGAACUUGGUUCCAGUACGUUACUACUGUGGUUGGAGAGCGGGAUUUGCGGCGGGGAGUAAAGAUUUUACGUCGCUUGAUUGGUCCGCUUACCCCACACGAGGCUCUGGAUCUAGUCGAGGAGUGGAUGGCUCUGUUUGGGCCUGCUGGGCCUGAGGUUUCGGGCGCAGCAACCUUCUUCUUUCUCCAUAUGCUGGAGAAUCCAGAUGGCGAGGAGGAGUUCAUCGCUCCCAACCUUUCCGACUUAGAACGAGUUUCACGUUUCGCUGACCAUAUCCGUCGUGUGGGGAUUCUCAUUCUUUGGGGCCAACCGGCGAGGCAUUCUGGAGGAGGGAAUUUUGUUUAG